AUGGCCGUACGUCGGGAGAGAGGCGACGGGCUGCCCGACCGCUUCUUGCACAUCCAGUACGAGUCCACCAAAGGUGUUGAAGUGCUGUCCGGCUUCGACCAGAUGAACCUCCGGGAAGACCUCAUCCGAGGCAUAUACGCGUACGGUUUUGAACGACCCUCGGCCAUCCAACAGCGCGCCAUAAAGCCGAUCGUCAAUGGACACGACGUUAUAGCUCAAGCCCAGUCCGGCACUGGCAAAACGGCCGCGAUUUCCAUUGCCAUGUUACAGUCCGUCGACAUGCAGCUCAAAGACACACAGGCGUUGUGUCUUUCGCCGACCCGAGAGCUGGCCGUACAAAUUCAGAAGGUAGUCUUAGCAUUAGGAAAUUAUUUGAAUGUUCAUUGUCAUGCUUGUAUUGGUGGUACCAACCUUGGUGAAGACUUGAGAAAACUGCAUUUUGGUCAGCACAUUGUUUCUGGAACUCCUGGACGUGUGCUUGAUAUGAUAAGACGUAAAACAUUGCGUACAAGUAACAUAAAAAUGAUUGUGUUAGAUGAAGCAGAUGAAAUGUUGAACAAAGGAUUCAAGAGACAAAUAUAUUAUAUACAUCGAUUUUUGCCACCAAAUACUCAAGUGAUUUUAAUAUCUGCUACAAUGCCAAAUGAAGUAUUAGAAAUUACCAAUAAAUUCAUGACCAAUCCUAUUAGGAUAUUAAUCAAACGUGAUGAACUGACUCUCGAAGGUAUAAAACACUUCUUUGUAGCAGUUGAAUGUGAGGAAUGGAAAUUUGACACAUUAUGUGAUCUUUAUGAUUCUCUAACAAUAAGUCAAGCAUUCAUUUUUUGUCGUACAAAAAGGAAGGUGAAUUGGCUCUCUGAGAAGAUGAGGGCAUCUAAUUUCACCGUCAGUUCAAUUCAUGGAGAUAUGCCACAAAAAGAGAGGGAUGCAAUAAUGAAAGAAUUUCAUUCUGGACAAACGAGAGUUUUAAUCACUACAGACAUUUUGGCUCGUGGCAUUGAUGUUCAACAAGUUUCAUUGGUCAUAAAUUAUGAUUUACCGAACAGUCGAGAACUGUAUAUACACAGGAUUGGCCGUUCUGGAAGAUUUGGUCGCAAUAGUGUUGUAAUUAAUUUUGUUAAGCUCGAAGAUAUUACAAUUUUACGUGAUAUUGAACAAUAUUAUUCAACACAGAUUGAUGAAAUGCCUAUGAAUAUUGCUGAAAUGCUUUGA